UGUUCUGUGUACAGCAACAAGUUGUGGUCAAGAAGUUCGCCGGCUGAAGUUUUAACAAAAACAGGGCAAAUAUGCUGUCUUGCUGUCGGGCAGUGGCGGUAACGGGCCGGUCCCUUAGAUGGUCAUCAAUCACGAGUGCGAAGCAGCACGGCACUGAGCAGGACAGCAGCCACAACAUCUUGCCGGCGUACUCCGAUGAUCAGCGCCUCAAGAUUUUGGAAGCAAUCAACGGGAGCUGCAUUGAUCAGAUGCUUAACUUCGACAUAACGAAGGCAAGGGCCGCCAAACUGCAGAACUGGAAAACACGUUAUGGUCCGAUGAAGGAGCUUGGUGAAAUCUUGCACAUUGAGGGCUUCAGCCUGAAGGUUGCAACAAAACUAUUCAAGAGCCUACUCGAACAGGUUGACGGAGUGCGCAGCAGUGAGGUAGUUCCCGGGCAGGAGCCAAAGGCGUCGCGCACCGCGCCCUUUAUAACUCCGGCAAUGGACGAUAAGCGGCGCUUGCAGAUCGUGUCCAGCAUUGGUGUUCGCAUCGGUGUGACCAGCGUGAGCUGGGCGCGAAUGGAGAUCGGGAGACAGGAUUCCUCCUGCCGUCUCACCAAUUGGCAACAUCAUGAGCUGAACGAUAAGAAAAUGCACCUGGCCGAGCUUGUCCAGCGCUGUCUAUAUGCCACGCACCAGAUACCGCAGGCUGACUGUUACGUCCUAGAGAGCCCUCAAAUGGCGCAGGUCAGCAACAACCCCGGCAGUAUAGAUCAGCAGAACGUAAAUAUUCAGAAGGCUCAGGUUUCUGCCAUAAUGAGCUAUGCCCUCAUGUCCCGCAUGUACCCCGAUGACAACAAAGCGAAAAACGUCUACUAUAUGCGCCGCUUUCUCACAGCCCGCCUCUUUAACCACCUGGUUGGAACGGAGCGCGUGACCUCUGAAGAAACCAUAUUGGCCAUGAUGCGAAACGACAACUACUCUGAGUAUAAGACCUCCGACACCCAGGCGAUAACCCUGCUCAACCAAGUUCACUUUCCUGCCGAUCUUCGCCAAUUAUUCUCGCAGCUGGCGCGGCACCAACGAGAUUUUCUGGGUCAAGCAUUUCUGCUUAAUCUAGCCUUUAUUCGUUUGGUGCUCCUGAGAGACCCCACCAGCAUAACCUCUGUGUCCCGCCACUCGAAGAGUCCCCGUGCAAGUUAAAUAGACUGCAGGGGCAUACAUAUGGGACGAUCUGCAUAGUCUUAUCUAAUCGAUCGCCAAAAAGACUCCUCAAAGAGAGGAAAUCGUUAUAUUUAUGUAAUUUUUUAAUGACAAUAUUUAAAAACUAUGUUCAACUAUAAAUAAUAUUGAAUUCAUGAAAAAAAAAUAUGAUAAAUUAAUUUAUUUUAAACAUUAAAGCAUAUAUCUAAGGCCGAAAAUUUGUACGCCCUGGCCGUUUGCCAUGGGAACAUUGAGAAUAGAUCCAUUUCUGUCAAAUAAAAAGAACCUAACAACAGAUAUAAAAUAUUUACAUGUAAAAACCUCGAACAUUAGCUGAUAUGCUCUUAUAAAAAUAGUUCCUUUGACGACUAUAUAGAGUUAUUUUAUUUACAAUAAACUUUUAUUACAUUACUCUUUUAGAUUAUCCUA